AUGGUUUGGGACCGGUUCUUUCCCAGUGAUCUUGAAUCUAUUCUAUCCAAUUCCCCUGAUGGCUCUCUGCUGUUGAAGCGUGUAACUUCCCAAAAACAACUGUUCUUCAGCCUCUGUGACAAUCCAGUCACCUUUGAUAAUGGGAAAAAGAGCUUUUCAUUGGAUAAAAAGAAUGGGAAGAAAGGUUACAGGCUUUCGGCAGGGGAUCUGGGAAUUGCAUGGAGUGAUAAUCAGGAAUAUGGGGAAUGGAUUUUCUUAUCCUGGAUCAAAUUUGCAGAAGUAGCUGAGCUUCUCUUGGUGUGCUGGCUGGAAAUCCGUGGCGAAGUUAACAUCAGUAUGCCAUCCCCAUCAACAUGUACACAGCAUACCUUGUGCUCAAGUUCACUUACAGACCUCACGGGUUUGAUGACCAGCAAGUCCAUCGGUUCAUCUGCACCUACCGGAGUAAGCGAUGGAUAUUUUCCAAAGAGCAGAGGAGAUGGAUGGUUUUCCGAAGUGGCGCAGCUUGUUCGGGUUUCUUGGCUUGAAAUUGGAGGCAAAAUCAAUACAAGCAUGCUAUCCCCGGCAACAUUGUACACGGCACACCUUGUCUUCAACUUCUCCAUAGCAGCAGCUGGUCCUCAGCUAGUAGCGGCCACAAUGGGACUCGUUGGUGCUGAAACUUCUUCCAGACGAACUUUUUGCUGGCAGCGGCCAGAAAUGUUUUCGCAGUUGCAAUACCGCAAUGCAAGAAGGCGUAUGUUUGGUUCAUCUCCAGCCCGGAAUGUAAGAAGGCGUGUGAUGGGCUCAUAUGCAGCUGAAGCAAAAAGGGGUGGAAAUUAUCCAAAGGGAAGAGGAGAUGGAGGGCUGGAGAUUGAAUUGGGUGAGUUCUUUACCAAGGAAGGGGAAGAAGAAGCUCUCGAGAUGAGAGUUCUUGAAAAUAUUGGUAUUUGGAAACAAGGGUUGGUUGUUGAAGGCAUUGAGAUUAGACCGAAAGAGGAAAGAGGGUAACUACACGAGCAAAUUAGUGUCUUUAGAUGCGUAGACGAGGAGAUAAAUAAAAAUACUUUAAAAAAUUAUUGUUAUUAUGUGCUUGAACACUGUUGUAAUGACUAUGAGAACUCGAUCAAUCUAAAGACAGCCCUAAUAUCCCUUUAUAUGAUAAU